UGAAUGACUUUCACCAGACAGGAGGUCACUUUCACUUUCAGUGUCUGCAGCCUUUAAAUCGCCUGCUGCUUACUGCUUUGGCCAUCAUUGCCAUAUUGGUUUGCAGAGGAUCCUUGACUCUCAGCGAAACUACGAGUAUACCGAUCUUGUGAAGCCACUUGACCAUGGACUCCCCAAUGUGCCUCGUUAAAAACGCCGACGGAGAGCUUUGCGUAGAACCAGAGGCCAUCGACUACCUGAUGGGACUGAAACAGAAAGUUGUGGUUGUGUCUGUGGUCGGGCUGUAUCGCACCGGAAAGUCCUACCUCAUGAACAAGCUGGCUCAGAAGAGAAGUGGUUUUGCCCUUGGAGCCACCAUCCAGUCUAAGACUAAGGGCAUCUGGAUGUGGUGUGUCCCUCAUCCUGAAAAAACAGACCACACCCUGGUGCUGCUGGAUACGGAGGGACUGGGGGAUGUGGAGAAGGGGGAUUCUAAGAACGAUGCCUGGAUCUUCUCGCUGGCCAUUCUGUUAAGCAGUACUCUGGUCUACAACAGUCGAGGGACCAUCGACAAUGAUGCUGUGGAGAAGCUUCAAUAUGUGAACGAGCUGACAGAGAUGAUCAAGGUGAAGUCUUCCACUGACAAUGAGGAGGAAGGAGAGGGCACCCAGUUUAUGCAGUUCUUUCCUAAUUUUGUGUGGACCGUCAGAGAUUUCACUCUAAAGCUCGAGAUGGACAGCAGAGAAAUCACUCCAGACGAGUAUCUGGAGAAUUCCCUGAAACUCAAGACAGGUACUAGUAAAAAGAUCAAUGACUACAACUUCCCGCGAGAGUGCAUCCGGAACUUCUUCCCCUCACGCAAGUGUUUUGUGUUCCCCUCCCCUACAACUCCUGACAACAUGCAACGACUGGAUUCCAUGGACGAGGCUGAGCUUUCUGAACUCUUCAGAGAGGUCGCAGAUACUUUCUGCCGCUUUAUUUUCCAGGAGAGCCGUAUGAAGACUGUUAUAGGGGGACACACAUUGACUGGAGAGAUGUUGGGGCACUUGGUCAACACCUAUGUGGAGACCAUAGCCAAAGGCAAUGUGCCCUGUCUGGAGAAUGCUGUGUUGGCCAUGGCUAAAAUUGAGAACCAGGCUGCUGUGGAUGAGGGCCUGGUGGUGUACCAGAAGGGAAUGGAGGAUGUGAAGGCCUUAUUCCCAGUGGACAUCAAUCAGCUGUCAGAGAACCAUCUUCGCUCAGAGACCCAGGCCACAAAGGCAUUCAUGAAGCGAUCCUUCAAAGACAAAGAUGGGGAAUUCUUGCAAGCUCUGGCGGAGGACAUUAGCAAACACUACGGCGACCUUUCCAAACAGAACAAGGAUGCCUCAGAGAAGAAGUGCAAGGAUCUUCUGGAGAAGCUGUCUGCUCAGAUGGAUCAGGGGAUGAAGGAGGGAACUUACGCCACACCGGGAGGCUAUGAGCUUUACUGCAAUCACCAUGACAACAUAGUGGCACAGUACCGGGCUGAGCCUAACAAAGGAGUCAGGGCUGAGGAGAUUCUGGAGCAGUUCCUGAAGGACAAGAGUGCAGAGUCCAACUCCAUCCUGCAAGCUGACAAACAACUGACGGAAAAUGAGAAAGAAAUCCAAGCGGAGAAGAAGAAAACAGCUGAGUUGGAGCAGGAGAAGGCAGCAUUCAGGGAGCAACAGGCAGAGAUGGAGCGCACCAUUGAGAACAAUCGCAUUAGCCAGGAGAAGUACUUGAAGGAGAUGAAAGAGAAGAUGGAGGAGGAGAGGAAGCAACAGCAGCAGGAGUUCAACAGGACCCUGGAACGCAGGAUGCAGGAGCAGAAAGAUCUCCUGGAGAAGGGCCAUAAGGAGAAGGCUGAGCUAAUGAGACAAGAGAUCUUGGAGAUUAAGAAGAGGGAUGAAUUGGAAAGGGAGACCAAUACCCAGAAUCAGAAGGUUCUGAUGGAAUUAUUCAAUCGGCAGGCUGUGGGACAGAAAGAACAGAUGGAAAUGUUAAUGAGGGAGCUCAACAAUAGAUCACAGACCCCUGUACAAGUUGUUGAACGACUUGUUCCACAGCCGUCCUGUAUCGUAAUGUGAUCUACUCCACCAAGAAUUCUUGACUAUGAAAAAUAAACUGAUUUUGAGUCUUGAA